UUCUCCUCCCAUAUAAUUAGACAGUUUGGAUCAUAACCCGCCAUCCUUUUUCCUUUUCUUUCUUUCUCCAUUUGUUUGAUUUCUGUGAAGAAAGAAAAAGAAAAGCAAUGAACAGUAAAUCUUUGUAUUGGAUUCUUUUAUUCUUUCUCAGCCUUUCAUGCUUCCUGGCUCAAACUCAUGGAAAGAAGGAAAGGCACGGUUUGGACUAUCUUUACAAGGCCAGGUCGAAGCAAAAUUUUGGUGUGGACACAAGUCUUUUCAAGGUGAUUGAUCAUGUCAAUGAAGCUAAUGUUCAUCCUCAGGUGGGGUUGAAGCAGGAAGAUAGGAUUGAGAGAUUGCCUGGACAACCACAUGUGAAUUUCUCUCAAUAUGGUGGCUAUGUCACAGUAGAUAAAUCAGCUGGUCGAGCACUUUAUUACUACUUUGUUGAAGCACAUCAUUCUAAGAAUUCAUUGCCUCUUCUUCUCUGGCUCAAUGGAGGUCCAGGUUGUUCAUCUUUCACCGGAGCAUUGGUAGAGCUUGGACCAUUUCGUGUGCACAGUGAUGGCAAAACACUUUAUACAAACAAUUUUUCAUGGAAUUAUGCUGCAAAUGUUCUGUUCCUUGAGUCUCCGGCUGGUGUAGGAUUUUCUUACUCCAAUACAACAUCAGAUUAUGAUAAGAGUGGGGAUAGUAGAACCGCAGCAGAUAAUUAUGUGUUUUUGGUGAAUUGGUUAGAGAGAUUUCCAGAGUACAAGGAUCGUGACUUUUAUAUUUCAGGCGAAAGCUAUGCUGGACAUUAUGUUCCUCAACUUGCACAUACCAUUCUCUACCAUAACAAGAAAGCUAACAAGACCAUUAUCAACCUCAAAGGAAUCAUUGUACAUCUCUCUCCCUCUCUCAAAAUUGGAAAUGCAGUAAUCAAUGAUGAAACUGACGAACGAGGAAUGAUAGAUUACCUUGGAAGCCAUGCUAUCGUUGCGAACGAAGAUGUGCAUCAAAUACACAAAUACUGUGAUUUUUCACCCAAUGCCACCACUCAAUCUCGUGAGUGCCAAACAUCCUAUGAAGCUCUCGCAGAUAAUAUUAUCGACAUCAACAUCUAUAACAUUUAUGCUCCCUUGUGCUUCUCUUCCGAUGUCACAACUCGACCCAAGAGAGCAUCUAUACUAGAAUUUGAUCCAUGUAGUAAUAACUAUAUGUAUGUUUAUCUGAAUCGACCUGAUGUUCAAGAAGCCCUUCAUGCUAAUGUUACUAAACUCACACAUGACUGGGAACAAUGUGGUGAUACCAUACAAGAAUGGACCGAUAGCCCGUCAACCAUUAUUCCCCUUUUGAAGGAAUUUAUGGACAAUGGAAUUCGAGUGUGGAUUUUUAGUGGCGACAUUGAUGGAAGGGUUCCUGUUACUUCAACACUAUACUCUAUACACGAAAUGAAACUUAGUGUAAAGACUUCAUGGCAUCCUUGGUUCCUCAAUCAAGAGGUUGGUGGCUAUACACAAGUGUAUAAAGGAGACCUAACAUUUGCAACAGUAAGAGAGGCAGGGCAUCAAGUACCAAGCUAUCAACCUGCAAGAGCACUUUCUUUGAUCAAACACUUCCUUAAUGGCACACCUCUUCCUAAUAUUACUGCAUAUAAGAACUAAUUUCUUUUACUCUUUUUUUUUUUUUUUUUUUUGGGCAUUCUAUCGUUUAGGAUUUAACUAAGCGUGACUUUGGAUAGAGCUGAAACUCACUUUCAGCUGUGUUUGCGUCAAAAUCAAUGGGUCCCGUGCACUAUUCACGGGACCCACAAGUAUUUUUUUCAGCAAAAUUUUCAUUAAAACUGGGUUCCAUGGUACUAUUCACAUAUUUAAAAAUUAUUUUGCUACA